UCAAUUUGAUAUAGCAAUUAUAAAUGAGAAAUUAAAAAGCAAUCUAUUAGUAGAAUUAAUUUAUUAUUUUUUAAAUAUAUAAUUAUUUNAUGUAUAUAAAUAAAGUAUAAUUUUAUAUUUAUUUUGAUUAAGAAAUAAUGAAUGUCCUACUCAAAGGUAUGAAAUAAUUAAGUUAUCGUCCUUAAUUUCAUUAUUGGCUUAAGACACAUCCAACUACCAGAAGCAUAUCUUAAUUGACUCCAAGAUAAUUAUUAGACACAGCUUUGAUUAAAAGAAUCUGUCAAAAACAAAUUCCAAAACACACAAUAAUGAGUCAAUUUUGUCUUUGGCAUGGAAAAUAACCUAAAUCAGGAAAUUAGACUUGCUUUUCAGAAAAAAAGUGAGUAUAAUAAUUGAUAAAUAGAACCCGUCGAUCUUGGAUGCCUAAUGUUCAAAAAUAAACAUAUGAAUCUUUAAUAUUGGGAAGAAGAAUACAUGUAAAGGUAACUACAAAAACUAUGAAAUGUAUUCGAAAAGCAGGCAGUUUUGAUAAUUAUAUUUUGCUGACUAAACCAUAAGAUUUAGAUUCUAUUUAUGGUGAAUAUUUAAGGAAAUUAAUGCUCACUAAGGUAAAUGAUCCUACCUUUGAAGUAUAAUACUUUAAUUUAUAUUUAGAUUCCACAUGUUUUAAAAGCUAAACCACACUAAUUCUCUAGAAGAGCAUAAAGAUUUAGCAGAAGGCCUGCUGUUGUAUGGCAUCCUCCAGAAAUUAGACAUAAAGAUCUAACUUUUUUAAAAAUAAGAACACCUAAUGAAAUGAAUCCUGAGGAAUUAAGAAAAUUAAGAGAAUAUGAUUCUUUAAAGGAUAAGGUAUACAUACCAAAUUUCUUAGUUUGAAGAUACAAAUGAUGUCUUACAUCCUGUUUUGAAUGACAAAUUCUUUGAAGAUGAAAAAGAUUGGCCUGAAUUUGCAAAAGUUGAAGGAGAAAAAGCAUUAGCAGAAUUUUUGAAGAAGAAAGAUAAAGAAAAAAUUAGAUUAACAUUAAAAUCAGUUGAAGAAGGACAAAGAGAGGCUGAUAAGGCUUUAGGGAAUAUUUGAUUGUCAAUUUGAUAUAGCAAUUAUAAAUGAGAA